UAGCCUUCUGUUGAGUCUUCAAGCCCAGGAGGUUCAGCAACAUCUGAUGACCAUGAAUUUGAUCCAUCAGCUGAUAUGCUGGUGCAUGACUUUGAUGAUGAACGGACAUUAGAAGAGGAGGAAAUGAUGGAAGGAGAAACAAACUUCAAUUCUGAAAUAGAGGAUCUUAACAGGGAAAGCGAUAUGCCGAUCCAGGAGCUACUCAGCCGUUACGGCUAUGAUGGCACCAUUCCACUCCAAGAAGAAGAUGACGACGAAGAUGAGGAAGAGGAAGAGGAGGAGGGAGAAGAUGAUGAUGAUGUUGAUAACGAUGACAACAGUGGCUGUAGCGGUGAAAACAAAGAGGAGACCAUAAAAGAUUCAUCUGGUCAGGAAGAUGAGACACAGUCAUCUAAUGACGACCCGGCACCAUCUGUUGCUUCUCAAGAUCCGCAGGAGAUAAUUCGCCCUCGUCGAUGUAAAUAUUUCGAUACAAAUAGUGAAAUAGAAGAGGAAUCAGAAGAAGAUGAAGAUUAUAUUCCCUCAGAAGACUGGAAAAAGGAGAUCAUGGUGGGCUCUAUGUUUCAAGCUGAAAUUCCAGCUGGCACAUGCAAGUACAAAGAGAAUGAAAAAGUGUAUGAGAACGAUGACCAGCUGCUGUGGAAUCCUGACUUCUUACCAGAAGAGAAAGUGAUCGAGUUCCUAAAUGAAGCAUCGAGGCGUACGGGUGAUGAGAAGGGCCUAGAUGCCAUUCCUGAAGGAUCACAUAUUAAAGACAAUGAGCAGGCGUUGUAUGAACUGGUUAAGUGCAAUUUUGAUACUGAAGAAUCAUUACGAAGGCUGAGAUUUAAUGUGAAAGCAGCCAGAGAAGAAUUAUCUGUUUGGACAGAAGAAGAAUGUCGGAACUUCGAACAAGGGCUCAAAGUCUAUGGCAAGGAUUUCCAUGUGAUUCAGGCAAACAAGGUACGAACAAGAUCAGUUGGUGAGUGUGUAGCCUUUUAUUACAUGUGGAAGAAAUCAGAGCGUUACGAUUUCUUUGCGCAGCAGACCCGAUUUGGAAAGAAAAAAUACAAUCUCCAUCCCGGUGUAACGGAUUACAUGGACCGUCUCCUGGAUGAAAGCGAAAGCGCCGCUUCCAGUAGAGCUCCGUCCCCUCCACCCACCACUUCCAACAGCAGCACCAGCCAGUCGGAGAGGGAGGACAGCACAACCAGCAGCAGCAAUCAGAAUGGGGUGUCUGCUAACGGGCCGGGUGAGAUACCAAAUAAAGAUGAAGCGAAAAUGGAAGGAUUGCACGUCAAUGGACCUUCGAGCGGCAAGAAAACCCCUCACACGGAUCUGGAUACGAAUGGGUAUGAAACUGAAAACCUUUCCGUUGACCCAAAACUUGCUCAUUCAGCUUCAAGAAAUGAAAACGAUUUGGAAGAAAAGAAUGAAAGACCGCUAAAAAGAAGAAGAAUCAACAGCAGCGGAAAAGAGAGUAGUCCAGGUUCUUCGGAGUUCUUCCAAGAAGCAAACUCUCACGGGAAGCUUGAAGAACUAGAAACCUUGGAUGACUGA